AUGCAUCAAGAAGAGGGCCGGUUCGAGAAAAUUGGAGAAGAUGAAACGUAUCAUUGGACCGCAGAGUGCGAUUACCCAGCACAGACUCUGGACGGAAAGCUCUCCAAAGCAACAUUUCGUGGACUGGAUACAAAAGAGUCAUACUUCCCAAUGGUGAUGGCAGCCGAGUUCGAGUCUUUCUGCGGAGUUCCGCCCACAGCUGUCAGACCCAUUCCAGAAGGCAGCAAAAACGACUACGAAGAGUCAAAGAUGCAAUCUGAGGACAUCGAUGGUCUCAAAAAUAACUCCAGGAUGCGCCAGCCUCGCUACCAACCAAAUGUAUUUGAAGACAAUCACGAGUACUCUGAUACCAAGAGUAACGCAUCUGACGUAGAAGAACCGGAUGAUUCUAGGCGCGUCGAGAGUGUCAAGGCUGAACAUAACGAUUUUCUUCCGAGCAAUGAAGAUAAACCAGCUCCAGCGAUAUCACAGAUUACUACCAACCUCAAAACAAAGCUAACCGAGACUGAAGACAAGCUAGAAGUGGCACUUCAAACCAUAGCAGAAAAUGUUCAAAAAUUGGAAGAAUCAUCCCGCAAAUAUGAGAAUGUGAAAACGCAACUUCAAAAUCUGGAGAGAGAUAAUGAAAAAAGAGUGCGCCGCGACCGAAGCACAAUCGAAGACCUAUAUGCUAAGAAUAAACGAAAACUCGAGGUAGAUAUCUAAAAUAAUACUAAGAUUAAUAAACUUAUAACCACGAUCAACGAACUCUGCACCGAAAUUAAAAAACUAUAAGCGGUAGUUUAAAAUCCACGCAUCUUGGGUAAAGACUCUCAGAAUGGUAUCAAGCAAGAGUCACCUCAACAACCAAAAGCAGAUUCAUAGGAAGAAACUACACAGCUUCGGGUUCUGAUUGUUACCCUGAACGCUGUAACUGGUAUCGUUCAUAGUGCUACGGCGACUGGGUCAAAGGAACCUAUUGUCAUCAUGCUCAAGGCCGCACUAGGUAUGAUUCAUGGAUUAGUAAAGCCUGCUGAGGGGAAAGGUAAGAAUCCUGAGAAGCGUAAGCGUGAAGUGGAGGUAAAACAUGAACCUGCAGCUACUCCCGACAAAAGACGAAAGGCCAUAUAUCUGGAGUGA